AUGCCUUUCGCGCAGCUCGUCCUCGGCAGUCCCGGCGCCGGGAAGAGCACGUACUGCGAUGGCAUGCACCAAUUCAUGGGAGCUAUCGGGCGCCAGUGCUCCGUCGUGAACCUCGAUCCGGCAAAUGACCACACAAGCUAUCCCUGUGCCCUGGACAUCCGAGACCUUGUCACCCUGGAGGAAAUCAUGUCCGACGACAACCUGGGCCCGAAUGGUGGCAUACUCUAUGCGCUCGAAGAGCUAGAGCACAACAUGGAGUGGCUAGAGAAUGGUUUGAAGGAGUUCAGCGAGGACUACAUACUCUUCGACUGCCCUGGCCAGGUAGAGCUCUAUACCCAUCACAACUCGCUCCGUAAUAUCUUCUUCAAGCUCCAGAAGCUUGGGUACAGGCCGUCUCUUUAUAUCUCCAACAUCCUCCUCGCGCUCCGAGCCAUGCUCCAAAUGGACCUUCCGCACAUCAACGUCCUGACGAAAAUCGACAAAGUGUCUUCCUAUGACCCCCUGCCGUUCAAUCUAGACUACUACACCGAGGUGCAAGAUCUGGAAUACUUGCUACCGGUUCUCGACCAGGAGAGCCCUGCACUCCGUAGCGACAAGUUCAAGCGCCUCAACGAAGCUGUCGCCAACCUCAUUGAAGGAUUCGGUCUGGUCCGGUUCGAAGUUUUGGCCGUGGAGAACAAGCAGAGCAUGAUGCAUCUGCUCCGGGUGAUCGACCGCGCUGGUGGGUAUGUCUUUGGGACAGCUGAAGGCGCCAAUGAUACGGUGUGGCAGGUGGCGAUGCGGAACGAGUCUUCGCUGCUCGAUGCCCAGGACAUCCAAGAGAGGUGGAUCGACAACAAGGAAGAAUACGACGAGAUGGAGCGCAAGGAAUGGGAAGCGCAGGCCAAGGCGCAAGAGGCAGCUGAAGCGGAGGCGCGAGGCGCGGCGGCGGCAGAUGACGCGGCGGGAAUCCCCGAUCCCGGAGCCGAUUCUAGUGUGAAAGUUGCCAGGAAGAAGAAAUGA